UAGAGAGAAAGAGAGAGAGAGAGAGCAGAUCGGACAAGCAAGGACGAGCUAGCGAUCACCAGCAAGCUUCUGUGGCAAUAGUCGCAGGAAGGCGUUGUCACUCGCUCAUCUGCGCAUGGCCCUACUACCGCCAGGUUAACGCACCACGUGAAAUGUUUACCAACAUGGCCGAGCUCGACACUGCUUCGAUCAAGGUCACGUUCGACUGCGAGGCGUCCGGCACGGUGGCAAUACCCGUGGCGAAGAAGAAGAUACAGAAGCAGAAAACAAUCUCAUUCCUCGUCCAGACCUCUCUGCAGAACACCCUCGGCUUGAAUAACAUGCAACUCGACUUUGUGAGUACUCAGUGGAAGAGCUGCCCGAACUUAACACAGAGUCGUUGCGAGGCGCAAGAUAGCAGACAGAGGGUACGCCUCGCGGCGUCGUUCUCCUGGAAUCCCAUGCAGAGCGGCCAGACAUGCGCGCCGUAUUCGAGUCAGUACAUCGGUAAGGUUCCCGUGCCAGACCUGCUAGACAGCUUUAUAACGGCGAGAACACGGACCGGCACAGCUCAGAGCGACUACUGCAGCAGCGCACCGUACGCCGGAAUGUUGUCUUCAUCUCCGACAGAUGGCACGCCAGGUCUCUCAGUGCCAGAAACGGAAACAACACGACAUAUCACACCAUCAGGGCACGAUGGUUGGAACGACCGAAUAAACAGUCAUACCUCGGCCUAUAAUAGACUUUCCUUGCCGUUAGAUGGCGUAGCAGUUAACAAAGUCAAAGCUUCCCACGCGACCUUUGAAGACAUGUCGGAGAAAAAAUAUCAGGAACUCACAAAGAAGACCUUCUAUCGCGACGAGUGCUGCUCGCAAGUUCUCGACUUCCUCUUCAUCGGCAACAUCGAGGCCGCUUACAACGAGCACCUACUCUGCAAGAGGGUCAUCGAGAGCAUUGUCGAUAUGUCCAACCUCGAGCCGCACCAGAUCCCGCGACACCGCAAGAGCGACUGUCCGUGCACCUGCCCGCUGGAGACGUCUCACCCGCGCGCGAGGCUCUGGCUCGGCGUCGACGACCACGAGCGUAGCGACGUGAUGCCCUACUUCGAAGACAUCUCCGUCUUCAUCGAGGCGGCGCGCCGUAAGGACAAGAACGUGCUCGUGCACAGCCUCGACGGCAAGUCACGCGCAGUCUGCGGCGUCAUACAGUACCUGAUGAAGUACCAUGAUAUGAAUCUGCGGCGCGCCUACACGCUGCUCAAGCGCCGCUGGCCGCUCAUCAACAUGAACAGAGGCUUCCAGCGCACGCUAGAGGUGUGGGAGCGCCGGCUGCUGCCCGGAGUGCCUCCGUCGAUGCUAUUCGGCGAGGAGAACAACAGUCAGAAGGCGUGGCAAUGACACGAUAGUAAGAAAAUAGCAUCUCGAUCUCAGAUGCUGUUGCAUCUCUAGUCGCUCUCGUUGCGAUGACUGCUGGAGAGGGUGAUAUGUGAAAAAUGCGUUCGUCUUCGAAACAUUUUUCUUUCUACGAGCUGAAUGUUUACGUAUUUUAUCGUGCGAUUUCUUCGCUGGCCUACAGCCCAGCGAAGCGUGAAUCGAGCGUGAAUAUGAGCGUGAAUCGAAUUAGCGUGUGUUUAGCAUUCAAAAUCGCAUUUUCUGGAUGAAAAGCCGCCAUAAACCUUUGUAUAAACACAACAAUUUCGCUACUACUUUUACCGCCAUUACACUUUUACUACCAACACUGUAUUUACUACCUUUACAGACUACCAUUGACAUUACCACGUAAAAUUUCUCAAAAACGAUACGUUUAGGACAAACAAGUCUUGUGAAGUGAUGAAUGUAGUUAUCAAAAUUUAAAUAAACCGCCAUGUCUGUCUGUUCAAAAUUUACUUGAGCAUGCGCAGAUGGCACAGCAACAGUGUCACUGGAGGAUCAGAUUAGUGCACGUACACUAAUCUGUGAUUAUACUUUGUGCAACAACGAAAUUUAAAUUUAGUUUGCAAGCUGGAUAGUAAAGGCCCAUUCAGAAAAUUAACAAAUUGAUUUUACUUAACAGAUUUUGGCAUAGUGAUACGAAUUUCGGCUUAUUUACAUAUUAUUUUGUAUGCAAGAGAUGCGCACAGAUAAGUAGGCAGAGAUAUCGAGUCACUGUAAAAAUAUUACUCCACACAAAAACAUGCAUGGCAUGCUUUUCCUGAUGUAAACAUUGGAAUACAAGGUUUGAACAAGACAGCUUUUGUGUGGAGUCUAUCUAAAAAAAACAUUUUUGAACACAAAAUGAAUACUACUUUUAAUAGAUACAUUGACGGAUUUUGGAGGGAAACGCAUAUAAUAAUAAAUAAUAUAAACGAAAGCUAUACGCAAUAGAUUUCGGCUGAACAAAUAGUAUUUUUGUAUAGAUCACGUUCAAUGAGGCUUGAGGCGUGAGGGGUCAGAGCGAUGACGUUGUAAGCCAGGUCGAUAUGAUACAAUACAGCUAAAGCGCCCAUUUCCAUAACGACAAGCUCAUCGGGACUUGUGAGACAAACAAUGAUAUCCGCUAGGAGGCGCGUCAAACUGUCAAAUGAAAGUCACCUAACUUGGCUUGAACGGGUAUGUGAACUUUCAGAUUUUAACGUAUCAUGAUCGAUCAUUGGUGCGAUAUGGUAGUCGCCUUCAUGAUA